AUGGCGAUCUCAAAGAACAACAUCUAUCGCCUAUUGGGCUACACAACCCCUUUCGACAAGAACCACAGUUUUGUCUCCUCGUGGGCUCUCCCCCCAGUCGUCCACGGCGGUCUGCGCGUGCUGCUUGGCCUCUAUGCCUUCACCGCCAUCAUCUACUCCUACAUCUGGUUCUCCGGCAACAUCGACAUCUACCACCUGCACGACGUUGACGAACCUUCCUACACGACCGUUAUCGGCUCCUCCGCCAUCGGUCGGUCGUUCUCCUACUUCACCUACCUCUCCUACUAUGGCCAGGGGUUCUAUUUCUUGGUGACCGCGGUGCAUACCUUCUUCUAUGCGAAAACGGGGACGAGCUGGCUGCACGACGCCCGUUUCCCGCCGUCCUUGCAAGUCCUGCAUUCCUUGUACUACAGCAUGGUGACGUGCUUUCCGAUCCUCGUCACCCUCACCUUCUGGUGCACCAUGUACGUCGGCCCGUGGUACACGGUGACAUUCGACGCCUGGGCCAACAUAUCCGUGCACGCCAUGAACACAUUCAUGGCCUUGCUCGAGAUCACUCUCCCCACCACUGACCCCUUGCCCUGGACGCACCUGCCCGUUCUCAUGGUCAUAUUGUCGCUGUACCUGGGCCUGGCGUAUCUUACCCGUGUCACCGGCGGGUUCUGGGUGUAUGAAUGGCUGGACCCGGAGCUGGGCAAGUGGAAGGUCGUGGUGCAUGUCGUUGCUUACUCGGUGGCCAUUGUCGUCAUCUUUGGCGUCGUGAGACACGCCAUCUGGACCCGGAACUGGCUCCUCAGCCGUGCACGCCGCGGGGUGGACGGGGAGAAUGCAGAGAAGAUCAUGGGCAUGGCGGACUCUUCGCGCUCCAGUAGGACCCUGGUAGUCGCCGAACUAGAAGCACAGAUUCCGUCAGACGGAUUGUGGGUGCCGCCGAAGCACCAUACGGCACCCCGGGUGGCCCAGCGGGUAGACUUGUAG